AGUACCUCGGUGCACCGGCCCGGGGGCGGUAGCGGUGGCAGAGGCUCGAGUGUUUACACCAGCUCAAGAGGCUCUCUCAGCACACCUCAGGACGGGUGGGGUGUCCCUCCCGACCUUCGAGCUGCAGUGUGUGACGGGCGGCUCGGGCAGGCGCGUGGCGGAGCGGACGGUCAGGCAGGUGGUUUGGUGCUGUGACAAGUGGCGCUGUUUAUAUGUGGACUGUACUGGUGUGGGCGAGCGGAUCGGACGCUGGUAGUCAGUCGAACGAGAGCCAGGCGCGGUGGCGUAAACAGACACUGGCUGAGACGGACUGUAUUUGAGAGAAGCGGGCAUUGUCCUGGUCGGAGCUAACAGUGCGAGCUAACAGUGAGCUAUCGAAUCGCUCGGUGAGCCAUCACCUCUCACCCUUUAGUGCCCUUGUCUCACCAGUAAACCAGUGAUCUCAGUGACUCGGUGCCGGACUCGGCCGAGAUUUACGGACUCUGCGACUGCAAACACCCUGGACUCUAAGGUGACAUUGAGCUGUCUGAGGCGAGGAUUUUAUGUGUUGGUGCCGGCAACAAACAUCGUAAGAUUGUGUUGCGAAAUCUCAGCUGGUGCACGCAUCGGUAUCAGUGAACCCCGAGCGAUUGAAGUGUUGAUAUCGUCGUCAGCUAAUCAUCCGCAUAAGGAAGGGUGAUUCAUUUAGGUUUAGCAAGUUUUGAAGACUCCACAAGGCCGCUCAUCAAGGCUUCGCACCCAUUUGCCUCAGUCAACAUCAUCCUCAACCUCACGCAUCCUCCGCCAUGUCAGAGCUACACCCACCCACCUCUCCCCCUUCGUCUCCCUCCUCUGGAGAGGCAGGUCCGCUGCCGGGCUGGCGGGUCUACCGGCGCCGCUGGGCCAUCCUGCUGCUGUUCUGUCUGUACUCGAUGACCAACGCCUUCCAGUGGAUCCAGUACGCCAUCAUCAACAACAUCGUGGCGCGCUACUGGGACGUCUCGGCGGCCACCGUCGACUGGCUCUCCAUGGUCUACAUGGUCGUCUACGUGCCGCUCAUCUUCCCGGCCACGUGGCUUAUCGAUAAAAAGGGUCUGCGGGUGCCGAUUCUGCUGGGUUCGUUCGGCACCAUGCUGGCCGCCUGGAUCAAGGUAGGCAGCCUCUCCCCCGACCGGUUCUACGUCACCUUCAUCGGACAGACAGUGGCCGCCGUGGCGCAGAUCUUCGUGCUCGGGAUUCCGGCCAAGCUGGCGGCCGUGUGGUUCGGUCAGGAUCAGGUCUCCUCCGCCUGUGCCAUUGGAGUGUUUGGGAACCAGAUCGGAAACGCGAUAGGCUUCUUGAUCCCUCCGGCCAUCGUCCAGGAUUCGGAGGACCUGGACGAAAUCGGACACGACCUGUCCAUCAUGUUCUACGGCCAGGCGGCCAUCACUAGCGCGCUGUUCAUCAUCAUCAUUUUUGUGUUUCAAAACGAGCCAAAGCUGCCUCCAUCGCCGGGCCAGGCCGCGCUAAAGGUCGCCGAGCCGCAGAGCUACGGCGCCAGCAUCCUGCGUCUCUUCAAAAACUACAGCUUCGUCCUCUUGGUCAUCACAUACGGCAUCAACGUGGGCAUCUUCUACGGCAUCUCCACGCUGCUCGGGCAGAUCGUGCUGGCCCAGUUCCCGGGCGCCAAUGAGGACGCCGGACGAAUCGGUCUAGUGAUCGUGGCCACCGGCCUGGUCGGCUCCAUCCUGUGCGGCAUCUGGCUCGACAAGACACACCGGUUCAAGAUCACCACCGUGCUCGUUUACAUCCUGAGCGUGGCCGGCAUGCUGGCCUUCACCUUCACCCUACCCCUGGGUCACAUCAGCGUCGUCUACAUCACAUCGGGCCUCCUAGGCUUCUUCAUGACCGGCUACCUGCCGCUGGGCUUCGAGUUCGCGGCGGAGAUCACCUACCCGGAACCGGAAGCCACCACUUCCGGUCUGCUGAACGCCUCUGCGCAGGUGUUCGGAAUUGUGCUGACAAUCGCCGGCGGCUCACUGAUGUCAGCAUACGACGAGCAGGCGUGUAACCUGCUGUAUGCCGCCACACUGGUGUUGGGGGUCAUACUGACUGCGAUCAUCAAAGAAGACCUCCGUCGGCAGAGAGCUCACGAGACCCACAGUGACGGCGUCAAACUCGAGAGUACUCGGAUGUGAGGGAUUGAGAGGAAUUGACGGAUUGAGGGACUGAGGGAGAAUCUGUUGGGAGGGAUUCUGAGGGUCGAGAUGGGAAGAUAACAGCGACGGUGUCAAACUGGAGAGUACUCGGAUGUGAGGGGCAAGGCUGAAACGGGAAGAAGUGUCCGUUCAGUGGUGGCUACAAAACGCACAGUGACGGUGUCAAACUAGACAAUACUUAGAUGCGAGGGCCCCAGAGUCGACACUGAAGGAGAGGUCCCACGAGGCGCCCAACUAUUGUAUGUAUAAAGAAAGAGUGUGCAUACUUGGAUGUGACCGGUAGGUACUAAGCCUGAGGGUCGACACGAGAAGAGUGUGCCCACGUGACAACAUUUGUGUCAAACUUCAGAGUACUCAAAUGUGAGGUUCGACACUUGACAGUGACACGCUUUUGUGUGUUGAAGAGGAUGUGAAGGGUGCAUGCUGAUGGGAGCCCCGAGAUCUGGUGGACAACACGUGCUGGCGCUCAAGUUCGGCAGAUGGAACUGCUGUUGGUAAACGCGUAUUCUGACUUCUGACAAAUAUGCUGAAUGAAGGAAUGUGUUUGUAUGCUUGUAUAAAUGUACAUAUUAGAGGUUGUCCGACCCGAGUUUGGUGAGCAAUAACACUUGUGGCCUUUAUUUGAUUUAACGGCUCAACAAAGUGAGUGGAGACUGGAGAGUAUAGACCUCCUGUGUUUGCUGCGUAUGCGUAAAAAUUAGCAAGCAAGAGAGCAAAUAAUUAAACAGGGUUGUGUCAUACCAGAAGUUGUAAAAUAAAAGUAGCCAGUGCCAUCGUC